CUCAUCAGAGUUACAAUUCUAUCAUCAUCAGAAUCAAUACCAUCAAAGUCAUCAUGCCCUUCGUCCCCUUCCACAACUCGGCCGGCCAGUCCAAGAUCGUCAAAUUCGGCGGGCUGCUCACCACCGAAUUCCUCGAGCCCCCACCUGGAAGAUGUUUCCUGUUCCGCCAGACGUAUCGCCACAACGUCGAGGGCCCCAUCCCCGACAAUCUGCGCCAACUGAUCAACAGCCCCAACCGACCUAAAGGCCCUCCCCCACACUUCCACCAGUUUCAGACCGAGUAUUUUCGUGUUGAGACCGGGGUUAUGGGGAUUAAUGUCGAUGGCCAAGUUAAGCGAGUUACCAAAGAGGAUGGCGAGGUCUCGGUCAAAGCGGGUAGCAUUCACAACUUUUUCAUCCACCCCGACUCGGAGGAAACCAUGACGGUCUAUCUCAGUGCGUCGGACUCCGGGAUGGACUACCAGCUCGAUCGCAUUUUCUUCGAGAACUGGUACGGAUACUGGCACGAUGCUCUCCUCCACGGUGGUGGUCUCGACUGGAUUCAAUUCCUAGCAAUCCAAGACGGCGGAGACGCCUACACCCCCGCCCCCGCCUGGGUGCCUUUCCGCCGCCAGGUGGGCUACUGGACCUGCGUGAUCGUCGGCCGCUGGAUUGGCGGUCUUCUCGGCUACAAGCCCUUCUUCCGCGAGUACACCACCGACUGGGACUUUGCAGUGGCCAAGAUGAAGGGCUCCUUCUUCCAGCGGCACCUCGUGCACGAGUCGUAUGCGGCGGAGAAGUCGUGGAGUGAACAGGUGGCUCUCGAGGCCAAGUCGAGGCCGGAAAAUGCCGAGUUUGAGCCGUGGGUGCAGGACAUGUCGCCGAAGCAGUUGGAGUUGGGGGAGCCCAGCUAUGAGGGGGGUGUUUUUAUUGACCAUGCCAGUGGUAUUAAUGGACAUGCCAAUGGACACACCAAUGGAGUGAAUGGCGUCAACGGUCAUGCUAAUGGCAAUGGAUACACCAAUGGUACUAAUGGAUAUACAAACGGCCAUACCAACGGCAAUGGCUAUACCAAUGGGCACACCAACGGCAAGGCAACCAGCGUGGAGAUUGAGAAUGGAAGCGCCCUGAAGAAGCGACUGGCCAAUGGGAACUGAUCUAUUUUUACUUUUACUGUUUUUCCUUUUUUGCUUUUGAUUACUUAAUUUGUCUGUUUUAGCUUGAUUGAGUCAUUUAGCUUCAUUAUUUAAUGAUUGAUUUUCACUAUUUUACACUAUACUCUUUUGGCUAUCUUGUUCAACU